AUGGAUUACCACGAUGAAAUGAACGAUGAGACGAUUCUCGAGUGGUUCCAAGUUAUUCUUCCGAAACUUAAGCCUAACGCCAUAAUAGUGAUGGUUAAUGCCCCAUACCACUCCAAGAAAUUGGAGAUGUGCCCUAACGCCACUUGGAAUAAGGACCAGAUUUUUGAGUGGUUGCAGGGAAAGGGGCAAGCCGUUGAGCAAACAAAAUUAAAGGUGGAAUUGCUGGAUAUGGUAGCACAAUUGAAACGGUUGUACGAUAAGUAUGUUAUCGACGACUACGUUACGACAUUUCAUAUGAAAGUCCUUAGGCAACCACCUUACCAUUUUGAGCUCAAUCCUAUAGAGUUGGCGUGGUCAUGUAUUAAGUCCUACGUCAAGCGCAAUAAUACAUCAUAUGUAUUAGCUGGCGUAGAGGCUUUACUGCGGCAAGCCACAGACAAAGUCACGUCAGAAAUGUGGUCAAACUUUGUGAGACACACAAUCGGUGAAGAGGAUAAACUCUUCAAAGUGGAUACCAACUUUGAUGAAGACGAAUAA